CGAAUAAGCAGCUCCCCCUUUGGGAGCCGCAGCCCCCAAUCGAAGCAGCAGCAGCAGCAGCUCCAUUCCGAGCUGCGACCGGCAAUCGAAGCAAUCAAGCGGCUCCACUCCGAGCCGCAGUCCGCAAUCAAAGCAGCUUCCUUUUUUAGUGGCUAAUCGGGAAUCAAAGCAGUCGUUUCCGGAUUACAAUCAGAAACAGGCCCUCUUUCGGAUUCAGUCUCGGCGGAAACCUAGCAGCUAUAUAUCAGUUUGAAGAGGAGACGAUCAGCUCUCUUACCAGGCAAACGGCUGCCAGAACGGCCUCGGCAAAUCCUCCCUCGACAUGAUGGAGGACAAUGAGGUUGAUAGGCUCAGCAAGUUGCCUGAUGACGUUUUGCUCAACAUUGUGGAGCGACUUGAUAUCGCUGAUGCUGCACGAACCACCAUCCUCUCGACACGUUGGAAACAGAUCCCUGCGAUACUCUCAAAGGUUGUCAUCGUGGCUGGAUCUUUUGAGCCCAAGCAUGAAAGGAGGAAGAUAACCUCAGAUGAUAUAGUUCGGGCCAACACCACCGUGCUGGAAGCUGCUAGGUGCAUACUGGGAAGGAGGGCUGGGAGUCUAUCCACCAUUCACCUGUUGUGCAUGCAAUUCUACUUGGGAGAUGAGUCUGUUUUCAUUGGCCAGACUGUUGCCAACACCAUAGCAACACAAAAGGUCGCUUCAGCCGAGUUUACAAUCAUGACGAAGGUGCGCAGAAAUUGUUCUGUUGAUGAACUGCUCACUUAUGGGAGGCAGUUCAUGUCAUUCUUUGGUUCGUGUCCAAACACAUUUGGUGGUCUUGCACGCCUCACGCUAGAGAAUUUGAGGUUGGGUGAUUCAGACUUCCCCAAAAUUUUCAGUAUAUGCAAUCAACUGGAGUUCCUCCGUCUCCAACAGUGUGAUGCGGGGAAUAUGUCUUUGCUGGAAGUGGAACACGAGCAGCUCCGUGAAUUACUGAUUUUUUGUAGCAGUAUUAAGAGGGUUGAUCUGAAGUGUGUACCAAAGCUCACAAUACUGAAAUUUAAUGCUUUUAUGUCUCCAGAAGACCCCUUCUGUCUGGGCUAUGUCCCACUGCUUCAGACUGUGACCAUCAUUAAUGCUGGUCUUUCGCGGCACAAGAUGCUCAAGUUAAGCGAGUUGCUGGGUAAGACGGCCAUAAGCAUCCUCCAUUUGAACUUCAAAUGUGAAAAGAUUUGGGUGAAACCAGAAGGUCGAAAGCAAUUGCUACCGGUGUUCCAAAAACUAAGGCUUGUGAAUUUGAUCAACAUUUCUGAAGAACGUGAUCUGACUUGGACGAUGUUCAUACUCCAAGGUGCACCCGCCCUUAAGGAACUAUGCAUCAUGGUGAGGGAUCAUUUAUGUGAAAUGACAACCGGGGAGGUGAGGAAGAGGUUUACGUAUAGCGAGAAGAAGGACAAAGGACUAGAAUGGGAACCAUCCUCCCCUGAUUUCAAGCACCACAAUCUGGUUGAGGUCAGGAUCUAUGGGUUUCAGGCAGAAGACAAAUUCAUGAGGUAUGCCAGAAAUGUGGUGGAGGCAGCGGUGAACCUGGAGGCCAUGAACCUAUAUAGAAAUCCAGGGUGUGAUAAGUGCAAGCACACGCUUCCAGGUCAGUGGACAUGGACGGAGAUGUUAUUGAUCAGAGACAAAAUCAACAACGGGAUGUCGUCACAUGCCAGGAUUCACUUCCCAAGCUGAGGGCAAGUUUUUUUCUUAAGAGAGAUAUUGCUCGCGUCUAGAAUUUUGGCAAACGGAAAUUGCCAAUGUUUGUUAUUUUGGCAGUCCGACAAGUGCGACACUGAUCGAUCCAC